ACGCAAUUUAUUAAUUGACUUCGCACGCCACCCCCAGGGAAUCUCUUCCCCAGAUACAGACACAGAACGAGUUACUGUAAGCGAUGGAGAAAGGAUAUCUACUCCCUGCCUCGGACUCUGCGCCCAAACACCGUCGCAGCAAGAUCCCCGCUGCGCUCUUGACUUUCAUCCUUCUUAUCCCGAUCCUCGCCCUCACCCUGCCUCGCGUCUUUUCCACCUUCUUCGAUACUUCCAUCCCGUUUAUCCACACUACCUUCCCACUUUUAGCGCCAACUCCACCUAAAGGCCCCAUAGACUGGCACCUUUGCGAGCCGUCCAACACUCGAUUCGAAUGUGGUCGAAUCAAAGUCCCGCUCAAUUACCUCAAUAAAUCGGAUGAAAGGAAGGUCGAGUUAGCAGUUGGGAGGUAUCUAUCGGUAAAUCCAAAGAGGAUGGGAUCAGUAUUUAUUAAUCCAGGUGGUCCCGGGGGGAGCGGUCUGUCUUUCCUCUACCGUGCAGGGCCUCAACUUUCUCAAAUGCUCGAUGGGGCAUAUGAUAUCGUCUCGUGGGAUCCUCGAGGUGUCAAUGGAUCACUACCCAAUGCCCUUUGCCACACUUCCAAAAAAGCCCAAGAUAUCUACAACCUUCAGUUCUCCCGCCCCCUCGAGUUCAAUAACCUCACCGCCGAAGCUUCAGACCCCCUUCCGAGUGAAGACAUCUCUAUCCUCAAACAUCAAUUCAGGGAAUUGUGGGCUCAAACCUCACUCUAUGCCUCUCUCUGCAACAUCAACACUCUCCCUUCCCCAGAAUACGAAUCGGGCUUCGAUCUCUUCUCCCAUUACGGAACUGCCUCAGUCGUUCGAGACCUCGAACAUCUAUCCUCACUCAUAGAAGGACCUUCUUCGCCAGUCAAUUAUGCUGGGUUUUCAUAUGGAACUGAAAUAGGUGCUGUGUUCGUGGGGAUGUUCCCUGAAAGGGUUGGAAGAGUUUGGAUAGAUGGGGUGGUGGAUCCUGUCGUUUGGGCGGAGGUUCCGGAGUAUAAGUCUGCAUCAAUCUCCCUCCAGCCUUCUGGGCUUCACCCGGGUGAUGCUUAUUUGGUGGAUACGGAUAAGGCGCUCAACGACUUUUUCCAGAAAUGUAUUGACGCUGGUCUGGAACGUUGUGCUUUGGCAACCAACUCGACGAAGAGCGCCGCUAAACUUGAGAAGAAGAUUUUGGGGCUGAUUAAGGAUAUAUACCAUGGUCCUCUACCUGUUCCUCACGCUAAGAAUCCUGGUUUACUCCGUUCGGGUCAUAUUCGAGAUGCGAUUUUCGAAGCAAUGUACAGACCGCGGAGUUGGCCCGACUUGGCAGAGAAACUAGCAGCUACUCUAGAAGGGAACGGAGCACCUAUAUUGGAGUCUCAAUCUCCAACACUGGAUCCGACGGCUCCUCCUGAUAGUUUCUUUCCGAUCUUACAAGGCGUCCGGUGUGCGGAUGGACCACCUGUCCAUCGUCUUCUUGAUGAAGCUCGUCGUCGUCGAGACCAAGGAAGCGAAGGGGAGGGGAAGGAUGGGGAAGAAGAGUUUAUGGAAGAGAUUGUGAAGGAACUUGUGGAUGAGGUGGAGAAGGCGUAUAGUGAGACAAGCAAGACUUUUGCAACCACGGUCUCGAGUCCGGCUUGCUUCCAUUGGAGGUUGAACCCUCCAGAAAGGUGGGUUGGACCUUGGGAUAAGAGGUUGGCAGGUCCGAUAUUGAUUGUUGGGAAUACAGCUGAUCCCAUUACGCCAUUGAAGAAUGCGAAAGUUGUGAAUGAGUUGUUGAGGAAUGAUUCGAGGCUGAUCAUUCAAGAUGGGUCUGGGCACUGUUCUCUUGCUCAAGUCUCGCUUUGCACGGGGAAGAUCGUGCGUGAAUAUUUCUUGGAGGGUAAAUUACCCCAAAAUGGGAAAGUGUGCAAUGUCACAGAAAUUUUGUUCCCUCCUCUUCCUAAGCUGGCUGGUACUACCUCUGUCUCCAUCACAUCGACUUCCGGGGAAGAUCUUGAUGGUGGAGUAUGGGUGGAUGCAGAGGAGUUCAAGACUAUGAGUGAGGAGGACGUGAAGCUUUUGGAGGCGAUGAAAGGGAUUGGCGAAGCCAUUCAGUGGGAAUGGAAUCCGAAGCAGUUGAGGGUUAUUGGGGGGAGCAGGUAGAGCUUGGUCUAACAGCGAGCCUAGUCAUCUCGGGUAACAAAUGUGCAACUGCAGCACCAGUUAGAGGGUUGUGAUGUGUAACUAAUACGUGAAUGAUCAAAAUACCAGCUUGAACUCAAAGG